AUGAUGUUGAAGGGUAUAGUGAUGAUACUCUCGCUAGCAAUAGCUAGUAGCUUUCUGCUGGAGUACUCGUUGGCAUUAUCUUCUGAAAAACCGAGUGCAUCUUUAGUUCGAAGAGCAUUCCUGGCAUCGUCCUUGGCGGCAGCGACACAAUUUGUGUACGCUCAAACCAAUGCCCCCAAUGGAUUUCGCCGCAUUCCAACUCAGUUCAUUGCCGCCCUUGGAGAUCCAAACUCCAGUUCUGGCAAGGGAGCGCAGGACUGGGGUAUCUGGCCCGUGGAUCCAGGUCCACGGGGAGUAUGGUUAGACCAGUACAAACGCGAGCUCGGAGACACCAAUGGAAUGGCUCCAGCCGGAUGGAGGUUUAAUCCACAAGAUUGGUGGCUCGAGGAACACGGGCUCAUUAUGGAGUCACCUCAGUUUCCUCUUACGGCACAACCAGGAAGGUAUCUAGUGACGGGUGGGAGACUUGUUACCACAGUGCUUACGGUGGAUGCUGAUGGAUCCUGGCACCUGGAUGAUAGUGCCAAGUUGUACGAUGUGACCCACCUACCGUGUCGAUCGGCCCGAUAUCAUCCUGUAGAGGGUGGGUCGCCACUCACAGCCAAAAAGUCAGAUUUCCCCGUCCGACCUGGGGCUGAAAUGCCCUUGGUACCAGGUUGCUCCAAACAAGACUAUGCUGUUCUGUUUGUCAUUGGUGUCGAGGCCUAA